UUUCCCCUCUCUUUGCCCCCCCCCCCCGCGUGGAAUUUAACUCAAACCAACCCAACCUUCCGACCUCACUGCCACCCACCCCCCCUGACAUCCGUCCCUUACGUGUGGUGACGCUCUUCCUGCUUCCCCUCCCCCUUUUCCUCCCCGCAUUCUUCAAUUUUGUUUGCGCUCGGGUGCGGGGUGUCUUGUCGGCCAGCAGUCCGCAUUUCGCAUCAAGCCUUCCUAAGAAGAAAGUACCACAGGGUGGUCCUGUUUGCAUUCCAAUCUUCAUCUCGUGUCUCAUUUUCAUUCCAUAAUGGCCGACGACCAAAGCAAAAAGCCUGCCGUCCUGAUCGUUGGUGGUUUAGGAUUUAUCGGUCGCCAUCUCGCCCUCUAUCUGCAUGAAAACAACUUGGCCUCCGAGGUCCGACUAGUCGACAAGGUUCUGCCCCAGCUGGCGUGGCUGGCCCCUGAGUUUCAGGAAGCUUGCUCAAAAGACAAAUUCGUCCAGGCUGAUGCCAGUCGUGAACAGCACUUCCCUCGUAUCUUCGACCGUGCCAAUGGCGAGCAAUUUGACUAUGUGAUCAACUGCGGAGGUGAAACGAGGCAUUCGCAACCCGAUGAUGUCUACGAAGUCCGCAGUUACGCCCUCACUGUUGCCCUGGGUCGUGAAGCCGCCCGGCGAGGCAUCCGCUCUUUCGUCGAGUGCUCGACCGCUCAUGUCUACAAAAGUGGCUCGAGUCCGCGCAAGGAAGAUGACAAACUGCAGCCAUGGCACAAGCUGGCUAAGUGGAAGAUGAAGGCCAGCGAGGAGCUGCAGAAGAUCCCAGGUCUCAACUACUGCUUGAUGCGUCUGCCCCAUGUUUACGGAGAAUACGACUCGGGCUACUUCGCAAUGGGAAUCUGCCUGGCUCGUGUUCACCUGGAUAUGCAGAAGGAUUUGGAGCUGCUAUACACCAAGGAUCUGAAGAUCAACACCGUUUACGUCAAGGACGCGGCCAGCGCAUUGUGGAAGGCAGCUGAAUGGAGGGCCAGCGCCCCGACGGACGGGACCGCUCCUAUCGCUUUCAACGUUGUUGACCAUGGCGAUACUCGUCAGGAGCACAUUGCACAAGCCCUGUCUGAAGUAUUUGGGUUGAAGUGCGACUUUUUGGGCUCCCUGGCUUCCCAACUGGCAAAAUUAAACCUCGACGAUGUUGUGGACGACAUGAACGAGGAGUGCUUGCAGGGCUGGGCCGAUUUGAUCGAAGAGAAAAAGAUCGAACGACCCGGACCUAUUAGCCCAUUCCUGGAGAAGGACGUGAUCAAGGAUCAAGACAUGUCUCUGGAUGGCACGCUAUUCGAAAAGACCGUUGGGUGGGAGCCUACUCGAGAGCGCUUCGAUGCCGAUGCUGUACGAGCCAUGGUGGACAGCUACAAGCGAAUGGACUGGUGGCCAUAGACGACUUACACAUGAUAUUUUGCUUCGACUUUCUCGACCUGACCUCCACAUGAGUAUAACAGCCGCGGUGCUGACGACCUACGAAAGCUGUUAUACUCCCACCGUGCAUGAUUACGGAGUCCCAUCAGAAUACACCGACUUGACCCGACCUUCGGGCAAAAAGCACAUAGACCUGUCGCAUCGGCAUCCACUCAUCUCAAGUUCACAUGUUGUAUACCACGGACCGUUUUGCAUGUAAUCUGUAAUGUUCUGUUUGGGUCUGGGUUUUAUUCUUGAGCAACUGGUAUGUUCUAUAUCCUUCUUGCGUUUCACAUUCUUCUGUCGCUGGCUGGGGUUGAAUGGUGCGUCCUUCUGAUGAUGAACAUCAUACACAAUAGACUACUUGAAUUCUGCACUGCAUAUGGAUAGGUUGAGCCUUUUCCUUGAUGUUGACCAUAUAUAAUCCUACUCGUCUCGCUUGCGUAUGGAUGGAUACCUCCCUCUC